GCUCAACUCUUUUUGUUUUCCACUCACCUCGAACCCUCUUGUUCUAUUUGCCAACUGGCCUCGGCAGCCUGGGGCUCGGUCGAGAGUCAGCCCGGAGGAGCACGGCAGCCGGUGUCGUCACGUCUCGAGGCGCAUGGAGACGCGAUUCGCGAUACAAUGUACGCCCGAGGCGACGGCGACGAGGAUGAUGUGUUGGAGGCGCCGUCCUCGUUGAGUCCGGACAGUCGAGCCAGUGCAGCUUCGGAGCGAGGCGGUCGUGUUCAUGCGCCGCCGGAGCAGACGAGGUCGGACGAGCAGAAAGGCCAGCGAGACCGAGAAGAGCAGAAAGAGGCGGACAAAAAGAGAGACCGCGAAGAUGAGAGAAAAAGAGAAUUGGAGCUGGUCAGUCGACUUGAAUGGGAGCGGGAAAUGGAGGCGAAACGGGCAAAAGAGCUUGAAGUGGAACGAGAAGAGGCGCGUAGACAAGAGCUGGAGAGGCAGAAGCAAUGGCAAGAGGAGCAGGAGCGAAGGCGAGAGGUCGACCGAUUGGCGCAGGCCAAAAUGGAGAUGGAGAGGUUGGAAGGGUUGAAAAGGGAGAAGCAACGCGAAGCCGAAGAGUCGAAAGCACGCAUUGAGGCGAUCGAGAGAGAGGCUGAAAAGCUGAAUCUGGAGCGAAGAGAACGAGAAGCCAGAGAGGAGAAGGAGAAGUUGGCCAUCAAAGUUAGAGAAGAGGCGAUGAGAGCACAAAAGCAGCCAGAAUCGUUGCCAGAACGAGAGGAUGGAAGAAGUGACGCUGAACAGAGUCACAAGACGCUAUCUCUUGUGAAACAACGAAAGGAACAACUUCGACGACAGUUUGAGAAUCAGUUUAAUGUUUUUCGGUAA